CCGCCGCCAACCACCAAGCUCCCUCCCCCGUUACCUCCCGACGUCCCUCCUCCCUCCCGAGAACCCCCUCCACCGCCAGCCAGCCUCCCCUCCACCGCCCUCCUCCCUUCCCCUCCUCUCUCGCAUAAUCGUCCAUCCCUAGCAUGCCCCCUCUCUCUCUCCCUCUCUCUCCCAGAAGCUGUAGCACCAUCAAUGGACGCUCGCGUCCUAGAUCAGGACCUCCCCGACGACGACGAUUCCCCCGAUACUUUCGAAUCUUCCUCCGACGUUGCUGACGGCGAAGCUGGACAAGGCAAUUCAAUAUGGGACGCUCGCCAAUUCAAUGGACAAUUCCCCCCGCCAAUUCAAUGGACGAUUCCCCCGCCAAUUCGCUCGACGAUUCCGCUGCCAAUUCAAUGGAUGCUCGUGUUCCAGAUUGGGACCGCCCCGACGACGACGAUUCCCCCGCCACUUCGGAAUCUUUCUCUGACGUUGCUGAUGGCGGCGCUGGACAAGGAAAUUCAAUAUGCUGCAUCCCAGAAUCUUCUUUGGUAGUGUGUGCAUUACGCUUUGGUAGUUACCUGCAUUCGUGUUAGUUAGAUGGAGCAUUAUGUUUUGGUAGUUAUUUGCAUUUGGUUUGGUAGUGUUUGCAUUAUGCUUUGGUAGUUUCUUUGUAUUUGUUUUGGUAGUGUUUGUAUUGAUUUAUUUAUGCAAUGGUAUUGUUUUGAUUUCACAGUAGUAGUGGUAUUGGUUGUUUUGGUAUUUGUUUGACUUUUGUAAUGGUAUAGAUUGUUUAUAUUGGUAGUUUUCGUAUAAUGGUAUAAAUUUAUUUCUGCAAUGGUAUUGAUGUUUUUCAAAAUGGUAGUGGUUGUCUAAUGGAUUGGUAGUGAUUUCGUGUUUUUUCUUUUGUAGAAAGAUUGAAAAAAAUAUGAAAAAGAGAUCUGGCUAGAGAUUACGGAAGUGAGAGAAAAAGAAAGAAUUGUAAUUAAUAGAUUUUUGUAACUACCUAAAAUGUAAUUUAUUAAAUUUAAUUAAUAAAUAUACUUUAUUUUUCCAUCCUCAAUUUACCCUUAGUAAUCACGGUGAUUACUACUAAGCUGACUCAUGAGCUUGAAGUUUGCACAGGCUUGCCAUACCAUGUGCUUGAAAGACAACGGUUAAUAUUGAGAGUCGUGAGGACUUGAACACGUGACCUCAAGGACAAACCAGCUCUGAUACCAUGUCAUAAACUAGUUGGUCCCAAUAACUCGAGUUGUUGGGAAAAUGUUAUGUUGGAUCUUAUACAGGCCCAUGUAUGGUACUUAACCACUUCCUUACAGUUAUUGCCAAUUGGUGUUCUUGUUGAGAAACCAGAAUACGGUGGAAACUGUUGUGUCUUAUUACUGAUACCACAUAGGGUUUAUAUAAAGUACAAAAACUGACUUCUAUAAUAAUCCUAACACUAAUACAAAAAUAACCUAACUUCUACAACUCUAAUAAGGAAUAUAACUCUAUCCAAUUACAUACUAGUACUCGUAAUAUAACACAAUACUACUCGUACUACACAUACUCUAAUGCUUCUAAGUACUAGCGUUGUCAUCAAAAUAUUGCACUAAUUCGUUAGGUUCUCCAUAGCUUUAGGCAACCUUUCAUUUGCCUCUUUACAAACCAAUGUUACUUAAUUUAGUUAUGCUCCCAUUAUAGACCCCAAUCGAACUUUAUGACCACAUUUAGACUCCCUCUUAAUGUUUUUAUAAACUCCAUUCACAAAUGGGAUUAGAUGGGGCUUAGCUCCCCACCUUAACCACCAUUGGUGUUCCUUUUGGGUCAUUUUCUAACCAUUUUAGUGUUAAAAGUAUCAUAGGGUUUAACAAAUGAAAAACUAUAUAGAAUUUUUGACAGAUUUCUCCCCAUAACAAAGAUAAAAGUUAACU